AUGGAGAAGCCAAUUCUUGUUAUUGGAGCAGGAACGUUCGGAUUAUCCACCGCUCUAGAGCUCAGUCGCUCUGGAUACAGAAACAUCACUUGUUUCGACAAGUAUCCUGUCCCUUCGCCGAUUGCAGCGGGAAAUGAUAGCAAUAAGAUCAUUAACUAUGGAGGAAUUUACAACCCAUCCGAAACUCAGCCACCCUCCAAACAGAUUAAAGUCGACGCUUUCAAAUUGUGGGCAAGUGACCCUGUGUACAAGCCACACUAUCACCCAGUUGGCUUCAUCUACGCCGGUUGCUCGUAUGAUGUGAUCUCUCCUCGUAUUUCUCCUGGAGCCGAGUAUCUGGAGUCUACUGAAAAAAUCAAACGGUAUCUUCCAGUACUGACCGGACCACUGACAAACUGGCAAGGAGUGAAACUUAAUGAUAUGGAUGGUUGGCUACAUGCUCGAAAUGCUUUGAUAUCCGCUUUUGAAGAAUGCCAAAAACUUGGCGUGAAAUUCAAGUUUGGUACUGAGGGGGAAAUUACCUCUCUUCUCCAGCAGGAUGGAAGAGUCGAGGGAGUCGUCUCGAAGUCAGGAAAAACUUACUUGGGUGACACAAUUAUUCUUUGUGCCGGCCCGAAUGUGGUGUCUCUGUUUGAUUUUGAGUCUCAGCUACAGGCCAAAGGAUUUACACUUGCGCAUAUCAAGGUGACCACCGAGGAAGCCAAGAAAUUCAAAGGAUUACCGGUGAUUAUGAAUGCCGAGCGGGGAUUCUUCUUUGAGCCGGACGAAAAUGAUGAAUUAAAAAUCUGCAACGAGUUUCCCGGAUACAUUAACUUGAAUUCCGAGGGAGAAUCCAUUCCUUUAUUUGUCAAUGCUAUUCCUACCGAGUCUGCAGAUGCAAUUCGAGAGUUUUUGAGAGAAACCAUGCCAGAGUUUAGCGAGAGACCUUUUGUGAAAACGAGAACAUGCUGGUGCACCGACUCUCCAGAUAGGCAGCUAAUAUUGAGCCACCAUCCUGAUUUUGGGAACUUGAUCUUAGCUUCUGGGGAUUCAGGACUGUCCUUCAUGCUGAUGCCGGCUAUAGGAAAAUAUGUUACAAAUUUGGUUAAAGGCGAACCUGGUAUCAAAGAGUGGAAAUGGAGACCGGAAACGUCUCUAAAUCGAGACGAUAAGCAAAACAGACAUGGUGGAGAUGGAGUUGUGAAGGAUCUAAAAGAUAUCAAACAAUGGGUCUCUAUUGAAAACUCUCUCCCACACGCGAUAGAUUUCGCGAAUGCGAAGAUGUAA